GAGAAGCAGAAAUGGAGAAGCUACCUAUGGUUUUACAACUCCGUCCAGUCCCUUCAAUCGCUUCUGUUGAAGAUCGAUUCUUGAAGAAGUUCAGAUUCCUCAAGGCCUGGGAGUCUUCGAUGCCCUUAGACCUCUUCUUGACUACACAUGCGCAAUCGGUGAGAGCACUUCUCUGUUCUGGCGAUACCCCUGUCACCGCCGACGCCCUUCGAUGCCUUCCCUCUCUUCAAUGCAUCGUGACUGCCAGCGCCGGUCUCAACCACAUCGAUUUGGCUGAGUGCCGGCGAAGGGGAGUUUCCAUAGCCAAUUCUGGCGACGCUUUCUCCGAAGACAUUGCUGAGUGCGCAGUUGCGCUAUAUUUCGAUGUCCUACGACGUAUCUCCGCGGCCGACCGGUAUGUCCGCCAGGGGCUUUGGCCUAAAAAGGGCGCGUAUCCUCUCGGCUCCAGGUUAGCAGGUAAACGAGUGGGGAUUGUUGGCCUAGGACAUAUAGGCUCUGAAGUUGCAAAAAGGCUUGUAGCCUUGGGAUGCAGUGUCUCUUAUAACUCAAGGGAGAAGAAGUCAUCUAUUGAAUUUCCAUACUAUUCGGAUGUCCGUGAACUUGCAGCUAAUAGUGAUGCUCUCAUCCUUUGUUGUGCAUGGACCAAGGAAACACACCACAUCAUUAACAGAGAUGUGCUGUUGGCACUGGGAAAGAAAGGGGUUAUCAUUAAUGUUGGACGAGGGGCUCUAAUUGAUGAGAAGGAAUUGAUUGAGUGUUUGAUGCAAGGAGAAACUGGAGGUGCUGGUUUGGAUGUGUUUGAGAAUGAGCCGAAUGUGCCCAAAGAGCUUUGUGCGUUAGAUAAUGUUGUACUAUCUCCACAUAGAGCUGUGUCGACACCAGAAUCCUAUCUUUCAUUGCAGGAUUUGCUGAUAGCCAAUUUGGAGGCAUUCUUCACCAAUAAACCGUUGGUUUCGGAGGUUAAGGAUGAAUUGAGAAUACCAUCCAAGAUGUAAUUAUAGAGAAGGAUUCUAGGGAUCACAUCAACAACACACACUUUGAUCAUCAAGGAUUGCACUUAGCAAUGACUGUUAUGCAGUGUUCUCAUGAAGAGAUUUGAAUAUUGUCCCUGCUAAAAUUUCUGCAUACAUAAAGGGUAUUUUUGUAAUCUUAAGAAAAA